AUGACGUUACAAGAGUUAUUGAAUUACAAAUACCUCACAAAGGAACAACUAAAUGGCUUUGACAACUACAAAUACAGCGCGCGUGAUACCUCACCCCUGAGCGUAUAUGUAAUGCAUCCAUUCUGGAAUUGGACUGUCAAAUUCUUUCCCCGUUGGCUGGCACCCAACGUUAUGACCUUUCUUGGCUUCCUUUGUACGGUUUUAAAUCUGUUGCUUCUAUCAUAUUAUGAUUGGAAUUUUUACGCCAGUUCUGGCUUACCGAAUACUACUCCCAUACCGUCUUGGGUGUGGCUGUGCUGUGCUGUAAAUAUAUUCUUGGCCUACACAUUAGACGGCAUUGAUGGGAAACAAGCACGCCGCAUUGGUUUAUCUGGCCCGCUGGGUGAACUCUUCGACCACGGUCUCGACUCGUAUACUGCAGUGCUGAUACCUACAUGUCUGUAUAGCAUUUUUGGACGCAGUUUCGAGUACUCUGUGGCGCCUGUACGCAUGUACUACGUAUGCUGGAUGGUGUUCUUCAAUUUUUAUGUUUCUCACUGGGAAAAGUAUAACACAGGUGUUCUGUAUUUACCGUGGGGUUACGAUUUGAGCAUGUGGGGUUCAACAGCUAUGUACCUGUUGACAUGGUGGUUCGGCUAUCAAUUUUGGCAACACACACUACCCAUGGGUGUCAAGCUCGGACAUUUGAUGGAGUUCGUUUUGCACAUCAGCGCAAUGGCCAAUACACCGAUGGUGAUAAUUAAUGUGUACAACUCAUACGUGCAGCGUACGGGCAAAAUGCGUUGUUUCAGUGAAGCAAUGCGUCCAUUAUGGCCACUUUUGGUAUUCCUUGUUAUAAUGCUGCUGUGGCCUUUCAUCUCGCCGAAUGAUAUCAUGGAGAAAGAUCCACGUAUUAUGUUUUUGCUGAGUGGGACAAUAUUCUCGAAUAUCAGUUGCCGGCUGAUUGUGGCGCAAAUGUCGAAUACGCGUUGUGAUGUGUUUCAUUAUAUGAUGCCAAUAUUCGUGGUCUUCGUGGGCAUUGGCUUAUGGAUACCGCUACUCGAGCGUCUAAUGCUCUAUGUUCUAUUCGUCGCCACCACACUAACACACUGGCAUUACGGCACAAAUGUGGUGAAUGAAAUGUGCGAGCAUUUCAAUCGCAUUUGCUUUAGCGUGAAUAGGCGAGAACCAGCUGUUCGAAAUGCCCAAGAUGUACAUCUGCGCGACAUGGAGAAAACCGACUAAACAAUGCAACCAAACCAAAAACAAAGACAAGUGUGCUUAUGCAAAUGCAAAAAUAAAUCAUUUGAAGUUAGGCAAAAACAAAAGUAACAGGAGGCUCGAUACAAACGUUUACCCUUUACUUAAUAAUUUACCGAUAAGAAAGUGUUUUCAAAGCAAGUUUAGCUUUAUUGAUUGGUCUCGGUAAAGUGCAAGUAUGUACAUAUGUACAUUGAAAUAUAUUAAUAUAUAUUUUUGCUACAUAGCGCUCUCUCGUAUUUUUGUGCAUUUCCAAACCGUGCAAUGAAUUCGUGCUAAAACGUGAUCUUGAAAAAUUUGUCACUAAAUAAUAUGUUUUUGAAUACGGCAAUGCCAUUUAUUGUCAAUAAAAUAAAGAUAGUAUAGAAGUAGGAGAUUUGAUGCUAAAAAGCUUGAAGUGAAGUGAUUAUUUAUUACGCAACUGUAAUAAAAAGCGUAUAAUUAAUAAUUGUAAACAGCCAUAUAAUGUAAACUAUUUAUUCUAAUUCAUUAUUUCUGUGCGCUCUCGUGCUUAUGCGCUGUCGAAGUGAAGUCGGCGCCCAAAAUAACCUUUUUACAAAAUUUAAAAAUUUAAUUAUAUGCCAUUGCGCUUUAAUUAUGUAGCCAUUUGUUUUCUUUUUAUUUUCUUAUUGCUUUCCGCAAUAUUUUUCGCUCACUUGGCACCGCACAUCACUUGCAUUAUUUCUUCGUUAAUUCUUCGCCUCAUUUUGCAUCACCUUAAGUAACUUAUAAGUUUAUAGUAUUUAUUUUGUGUAUUAUUUUAUUGCUAACAAAGUAAUUUAUUUAAAUGAAGUUAUCAAUUGUUUACCAAUAACCGCUUAGACCUCGUAAUAUUUUUAUUUAUAUAAAAAUUAAUUUAACGCAAACUUCAUAAAUUUUAUUUUUAUAAAACUAAAAGAAAUAUACAUACAUGUAUACUUAUGUAUAUAGAAAAGUGAAAUGUGAAUAUGUCAUGUGUUCGUGAAAAUUUUGAACUCGAGCUUUAUGAUGCAUGUUUUAGUUUAGAUUUUAGUUAGUUAAAAUUAGCUACUUCCGAAAAUUGUGUAUGUGUGCAUAGACGAAACAUACGUAUGUCUUCUAAAAUACAAUAUAAAUAAAUAAACUGUAUGUUUAAGUAAAACUAGUGUUUUAGACUGAAUAAAGCUGUGCGCAACUUUAAUGGCGUAUAACAAGA